AGGGUGAAGCGCAGAGGGACACCAGAGCGCUGAACACGGACUCUGCAGCACUGCACACGUUACAGAGGAUGGACUUUCAGUGCUGAAGCUUUAGAAACGCCCUGAAGCGCGCGUGCUGCUCUUUGCCCCCCCGGAGUGCCCUCCGAGCACCGUUCAUCAAACAAUGCGAUCAAGAAAAAAAGGGACAGUCACAGCACACACACGUCCAAUGACCGCUUGAUUACCAGCCGACCGCAGUGCGCCUUUACGCGCGCGCCAUGGAGAGCCCGGGAUCGUGGGCGCUGAAUGCCUCGCGCAACGCGAGCCGCGCGCCGAACCCGCUGAAGCGCGACGAGGACGUGGCCAAAGUGGAGGUGGCCGUGCUCGUGCUCGUGCUGCUGCUGGCGCUGGCGGGCAACGCGUGCGUGCUGGCGGCGGUGGCGGUGGCGGGCGCGCGCAAACGCGGCACGUCGCGCAUGCACUUCUUCAUGAAGCACCUGAGCAUCGCGGACCUGGUGGUGGCCGUGUUCCAGGUGCUGCCGCAGCUGAUCUGGGACAUCACGUUCCGCUUCUACGGGCCGGACGCGCUCUGCCGCCUCGUCAAGUACCUGCAGGUGGUGGGCAUGUUCGCCUCCACCUACGUGCUCGUGCUCAUGUCCGUGGACCGCUGCUUGGCCGUGUGGCGGCCGCUGCGCGCGCUCCGCCACCGCGCCGAGCGCACCUACGUGCUGGCUUCGUGGGCGCUGAGCCUCGUGCUCAGCGCGCCGCAGGCUUGCAUCUUCUCGCUCAAGGAGGUGGGCGACGGCGUGUACGACUGCUGGGGCGACUUCGUGCAGCCGUGGGGCGCCAAGGCCUACGUGACGUGGAUCAGCCUGGCCGUCUACGUCAUCCCCGUGACCGUGCUCAGCGUGUGCUACGGCCUCAUCAGCUGGAAGGUGUGGCAGAACUUCAGGCUCAAGACCGGACGUGACAGGCGCGCGACUAAUGGCACCGAAUCCGGUGCAGGCGCUGGGGCAGGGGCGCUCGCGCGCGUCAGCAGCGUGCGCCUUAUCUCCGAAGCCAAGAUGAGGACGGUGAAGAUGACGUUCGUGAUCGUGCUGGCCUACAUCGUGUGCUGGACGCCCUUCUUUUUCGUGCAGAUGUGGGCUGCGUGGGACCCCAUGGCGCCCAGAGAGGCAAUGGCCUUCAUUAUUGCCAUGCUGCUGGCUAGCCUGAACAGCUGCUGUAACCCCUGGAUCUAUAUGUUCUUUGCUGGUCACUUGUUCCGUGACUUGAUGCGGAGCUGCAUGAUGGCACUACACUGUGGCUGUGGGGAGCAGCGGAGUCCAAAGAGCCAAUCAGGCGCCAUUGUAAUGAAGAGCACCUGCAGUCAGAGGAGCUUGACUCAGGCCACCACUACAUGACACAUCAAACAGGGUUUACACUGCAGGGAGGAAAGUGGAGGACCAACACUCUGCAGACAAGCUUCAAACUGAGGGUUCAUACCCACAAAUGGAUAAACUCGAGAGGGUCUGUAGAGGCUUCAGGUCACUAUGGAACAAAGUCAUGGUCUGGACUCCACAGGAACUCUAACAAGAGGAUCUAAUAUUCACAUGGACAGAACUGAACAGUAUAAGACGGAGGCAAACGGUAGCUCUCCUGUGAAAUAUCUUGAUCUCUAUUUAUCUCAUUUGUUGUAUACAAUUGUAGGCAAAAGUUUGGGCGUCCCUAGUCAAAUGACAUGC